AUGGUUGCUGGUUGCUUUAGAGGAAUAAAACGCGGGCAAACAACUCACACAUGGAAGAUUGAAGCUAUGGAGACCUUGUACUCAAUUGCCGUCGACGGUUUCUCUGGUGAAGAUGGAGAAUGUGGAAGAUGUCGCGCUGGAAAGAUGAUCGCUUCAAAUCGCCACUCAAGGGUUUCAGUGAUUUUGGGGGAAAAUGGUAUAGGUUUAACGGGUUUAAAAUUUGGGGGAAGAGAGUGUGGUAAUGGGCCGGUUUGUAGUCUUUUUUUUUCCCCUUCCCGUCACCCUGUUAAGGAACAUGUAUUGGAAAAGGCUUUGGAGGUGUGGGACUUGCAAGUCAUUCCCCUUAACAGCCCUGUUUCGGAGCCUGCUCAGAUCGACCCAGAAUUGGAGAAUGCAUUUAUUUGUCAUUUGCGGGACCAUUGGUUUUGUAUAAGGAAAGUAAAUGGAGAGUGGUAUGAUUUUGACAGUCUCUAUGCAGCACCUGAACACCUCUCCAAGUUUUACCUUUUAGCCUACCUCGACUCUUUGAAAGGCUUUGGUUGGAGCAUUUUCUUGGUGAAGGGAAAAUUCCCAAAGGAGUGCCCCAUCACAUUCUCCAAAUCUUCCAAUGGUUAUGGGCAGUGGUUGUCACCUGAAGACGCCGAGAGGAUUACCAAGUCUUGCAACUCGGCUUCGAGAUCAAGUCCAGGGGUGAAUCUUUCUGAUCCCUAUCUGCAGCAUGGACAACCAGAAAUAUUGUCAGACAAUGAAGACGAGGAUUUAAAAGCUGCAAUAGCUGCCAGCUUGAUCGACUCAUCACAGGAAAUCAAAACAGAGGCAAGUAUCACAGAAAAUGAAAAUGAAAACAGCAACGAAGAAAAGGCAUAA